UCCACUUGGGAGAGUCUACUUCGCGGGGUUGCUCUGUCAUUAGCAGCAAUCUUUAACGGCCAUGUAAUACAUUUAAAAGAGCAACUUCAACGUGAACGUUAAAAUAUGUAUACCGGGAGAAAACAGGCCUGUAUUCUGAGCUGGUGUGUGCGGUAACUGAGGGUCCGAAAUGAUUCCUAAGCGCCCCCACAUCUUCUUGUUUCUUCCUUUGUCACACCUCCUUGAGUCGAAGUGCCUAGGGGAAGUGAGUGAAGACGGAACUGCGACCGAGUGAACGCUUGAAUGUGAAAGAGUUCAGGCGGUACAGGGACAUUUUGAGAUUUUUGCAAUCUUACAAGCACUGGGAAAUAAUGUCGUAGUGUCCGUAGGUGCUGUAGUGUAAUGGCCGAGUUAGUAAAUUAGCCGAACGUGAUAACACGGAUUAUAGUUAGUGAUUGUGCAUUCGCUGACUACUUUUGGCAUUACUGAGAAUUAGUUAACCUAACUAGCUAGUUAACUUAGCUGUAGCGGCCGUUUAUGAACGUUGUAAAUACCGCCUAGACUGAUAUAUAAUAGGUAUAAACUGUAGGUUAGUGUGAAUAAAUAAACUGAACUAUUUUAAUUAAGCCUAGUUGUGAGGUGCCUCCAUAGUUAAACCCGUAAACUCACUCAGUUAGGUUACAACAACUCCGCUUACAGCAGCAUGCAGUGUGCGCUUGUAAGCUCGUCAGGAGCCCGUGUGGAGCUGUCCGAUGGCCGAGCCCUGAUUUUCGGUCGAGGUCCUGAGUCCGGAGUCGCAGAUAAAAAAUGUUCGAGACAUCAAGUCAAGCUUGUGGCUGACUAUGCCAACCGAGAGAUUCUUGUGACACAGCUUGGGCCAAACCCAUCUUCCAUAAAUGGCCAGGCACUGGGCCGGGGUCAGUCUGGAAGUCUUACUGUGAAUGGCACGCUUCACCUGGUCAACCAGAGUUACCCGUUUACUGUGCAGUUUUCUGGCACAGCAAAAGGAGCCUCUUCAGAUUCUCCUUGUCAAGGGAAGGAGAAAGGAAGAAGCGAUGAAGGGGGACACAAGCAGAAAGCCUCGAGUAAAACGGUUGAAAAGGCAGCGGCCAAGAGGAGCAUCCAGGAUUUCUUUGCUUCCUCACCUAAAAAGUCAACAAAAAGACCACUUUGCUCCGAAGAUGACACGUCCAACACCAAACGAGGGCGCACUGAGAAAUCUGAUGAGGAGGAAGAUGACCUGGUAGAAGAGAAGCUCAGGCAGCUGCAGGAACUCUCAGAGAAAGUGACAACUCAGCAGGGCCUGUCGAAACCAACAACCACUGCAUCCUCUGCCUGCUCUCAUAGUCACUGGCAGCAAGUAGGCAACCUCAUGCUCUACACUGCUGCAGGGGUCACUGGGAGCUCCAAGAUAGCAGGCUUUGACAUUGAUGGCUGCAUUAUUACUACAAAAUCGGGGAAGGUGUUUCCUACAAGUCCAGAUGACUGGAGGAUACUUUUCCCAGAGAUACAGCCCAAACUGGCCAGUUUGUUAAAGAAAGGAUUCAAGGUGGUGUUUUUUACCAAUCAGUUGGGUAUUGCUCGAGGCAAGCUCAGGCCUGAGGUGUUCAAGUCAAAAGUUGAAGAUAUUCUUCAGACUCUAAAACUGCCUGUGCAGGUGUUUGUUGCAGCAGGCCCAGGUAUUUACAGAAAACCUGUAAUGGGAAUGUGGGAACACUUAUCUGAGAAGGAAAAUGGUGGAGUGACUGUAGAUAAAUCACAGAGUUUCUAUGUUGGAGAUGCUGCAGGUCGUCCUGUGAAUUGGGCUCCAGGGAAAAAGAAGAAGGACUUUUCUUGUAGUGACAGACUGUUUGCUCUAAACAUUGGUCUGCAGUUUUACACUCCUGAAGAGUUCUUCCUGGGCUGGAAGGCUGCUCCUUACAACAUGCCAUCUUUUGAUCCGAGGGCGUUAGACUCAAAGGCACGUUUGUAUGAUCCUCCUGAUGCCUCGCUCACUUCUACCAGUCAGGAAGUCAUUGUUGCUGUUGGAUUCCCUGGUGCGGGCAAAUCUACCUUUUUCCACACACACGUCAUUCCAAAGGGCUAUGUAUAUGUGAACAGGGACACUCUGGGCUCAUGGCAGAACUGUGUGUCAGCGUGUGAGCGUGCUUUGAAGGAAGGCCGGAGUGUAGCUGUGGACAACACUAACCCUGACCUAGAGUCCCGAAAACGAUACGUGGAGGUCAGUCGGAAGGCUGGUGUUCCCUGCCGAUGCUUCAACUUCACUGCCUCCUUGGAACAAUCCAAGCAUAACAACAGGUUCCGUGAGAUGGUUCCCUCUGCUACGAAGCACGCUCCUGUCAAUGACAUGGUCUUCCACAGCUACAAGAAUAAGUUUGUUACCCCUACGCUAUCAGAAGGAUUCUCUGAAAUCCUGCAGAUCCACUUUGUACCCAGUUUCUCUGACAGUCGAUCUGAGGCUCUUUUCAGGCAGUUUUCAGAGGGGUGACAAGUGAGUUUGAUCACAAUAUGGACAAGAACAGCGAAGGACGAAACCGUCACUCACUAGGGAGUAUUUCACAAAGCAGGAUUUCUGUUUGCCAGACAACUUCCGAUCAAAGUUGAGGAUCCGUCAGGUUUUUUCCUAUUGAACAGGUUUGACAGUAGGCUUAAGUUAUCUGGCGAGACUGAGAAAUCAUUCUUUAAAAUACCCCUAAUUCAGUGGUCACUGACCCUCCUCCUGGAGAUCUACUUUUCUGCACGUUUCACCUCCAACCCAAAACUAAAACGUCAUUCAGGUCAUCAAAGACUUCUAAAAAUAAUAAUAAGUCAGGUGAGAUUACUAUGGUUGGAGCCUAAAGUCUGCUGGAAGGUAGGUAGAUCUUUAGGAGCAGGGUUGGUGACAAUUGCCCCUGUAAAUCAUGAUACUUAAGCUUAGACAACAUGCUUGACUGGCAGAAAUAACAAAAGCCGUUAAUUGAAAAACAUAAUAACUAAAUAAUCAAUGGAAGAGGUUUGUCAUGUGCAACUAUGUUUUUUUGCUUAACUAUGUUUCAUUGUGUUUCACCAAAGAAUUUGUCAUGCAGUCACACUUGCUGGAAUAAACACCUGCUGAUUUUACUGCUUAUUGUAGUAGAUUUAGAAAAUUACUGAGUGAUAUGUUUACUUGGGUACAAAAACAUAUAAUACAGCAAACUGUACCAAAUGAUCAGAAAGUUUUAAUUCUUUUAUUUGUUUGAACAGAUUAAUUAAAAAAACCAGCAUUUUGACAUAAAUCAGGAUUUCAUGUUUUUUUUCUGCAUUAUCUUUCGGGCAUGUAUAUUUUCCUCAGUUUAAUUAAAAUAUACUGUUAACACUAGACAAUUUUUGAGACAAAUAUGUUGACAAAAUCUAAAAAAAACAGGCUUCUCACAGAAAUGAUCUCUCUCAAAACUUGACAUUCUAUUGGUUGCCCAUUGCAGUUUCUUCAAUAGAAAAGUAAGAUUCACAGUCUUCAAAUAAUGUUGCAAAUAUUGGUAAUAUAAAAUAAAAGUAGGGUUAAUUAUUAUUAUGCACAGGUGCAUUUGUUAACCCCAUUUUUUGUGUUAAGAAUUUAGGUACAUGUAUAAAGCAGCUAUUCCAUUCACUAGUGCUGUGUAAUAUGGUGUACAGUACUGUGCACAAGUCUUAUAAGAAAAUAUGUAAAUCUAUUUGUCGAGGCAAUAUGCAUUGUUUGUAAAAAAAAAAACAAAAAAAACACAAACAUUAUAUUAAAUAUAAA